CUCUCUCUCUUUCUCAGCAGUGACUCUGCUCAAGGCUGCCGAUCUGUCCUUGACCAGGUGGCAGCAGACAUGGGGCUCUGCUCUUUAACACAUCAGAUCGACGCUUUAAACAUCCUCAAUGAACUGCAAGCUCACGCGACGACCAGUAAUAGAGAUGGCGAGGGUCAGUGUUCAGGUGCUUUACCGGCCGGCAAAGAAGCCGUUCGUCCGGGCGAUCUGACGAAGGAGCCCCGCAGACUGAAGACGAUCACGGAGAGAGCGCGAGAGAGCUGCCUCACGCGACUGCUCGAGAUUCUCACGCGCCUCAUUUCUAUAGAGGAAGACUUUAUUAAAGACGCGUCUUACGGAAUGAGAUUGCUUAAACGUAAGGACAGUGUUGACCUGAAGAACAUAUGCCUGAGAAUGGCUAUUGCAGAAAGUGGUUCUCACUCAGACAGAGACUUGAGGGAACUUCGGGACUGUCUUCGACUUAUUGUGGGUAACCUACUCGCAUAUGUGCUAGAGGAAAACAAUCCCUCAUCCACUGAAACAACUCACAAACUGAGGGAGCUUUCUAACUCCUUCCCUGAUAUCUGAAGAUUAGUAGAUUUCACUUUGUGAAUUCUAAGGAACUACCUCAGAGGAGAUAAAGCAGAUCUAAAUAAGGAGACACUACUCUUUUCUAAGGAAACAUAAAAAGCCAUGAACUAUCUGUGAAUCAUCUAUAAUUUUUGAUAAUUGUGAUGAUGCUUCACAUUCUGGUUGAAGGUGUUGAUCUUCACGAGAAGUGUUUUGCCAUAUUGUCAGUACUCAAGCCUAAGAACAACAUUCUCUCGACAUACCAGUAUCAUGCGUCUGUGCUCAGCUGACUACAGGUAAAACAAGUCUAAUAGCUGAUGGUGGUGAAUUCACUCUCAGCUCAGCGGGUGGGAUGGCUGUCACACCUCAG